AUGGCUCAGGAUCGUGCUCCUCCUCUCCGUCUCGGCUCUGAGGCCCCUAACUUCGAGGCUGACUCCUCCAACGGCCCCAUCACCUUCCACGACUUCAUCGGCGACAGCUGGACUGUUCUCUUCUCCCACCCCGAUGACUUCACCCCCAUCUGUACCACCGAGCUUGGUGCCUUUGCUAAGCUCGAGCCCGAGUUCACUGCUCGCGGUGUCAAGCUGAUCGGUCUGAGUGCCAACGGCACCGAGUCCCACCACGCCUGGAUCAAGGACAUCGACGAGGUCACCGGCUCCAACCUCAAGUUCCCCAUCAUCUCCGACCCCGAGCGCAAGGUCGCCUACCUGUACGACAUGGUCGACUACCAGGACACCACCAAUGUCGACUCCAAGGGCAUGGCUCUCACCAUCCGCUCCGUCUUCAUCAUUGACCCCAAGAAGAAGAUCCGUCUCAUCAUGACCUACCCCGCUUCCACCGGCCGUAACACUGCCGAGGUUCUCCGUGUCAUCGAUGCUCUCCAGACCACUGACAAGCACGGCGUCACCUGCCCCAUCAACUGGACUCCUGGCGAUGACGUUGUCAUCCCUCCCCCCGUCUCCACCGAGGAGGCCCAGAAGAAGUUCGGCGACAUUCGCAUUGUCAAGCCUUACCUUCGUUUCACCAACCUGAAGCAGUAA